AUGGCUAGAAUGACCGACCAGCUGUGGGCAAUGGCAAUGGAUGAGACCCGCUCCAUGGCCCUCUACUCCCUCGUCGAGGCCAUCCCCGGCCUGCUGGCGCUGCUCCUGCCCGCCAAGGCCUACCUGCGCAGCCGCACGCGCCUGCACCAGGCCAUGCUGCUCUUCACCACCCUCGUCAUGCCCUUCCAUGGCUACACCCGCUCCCCGGACCUGGUCUCCGGCGCCUCCCGCCGCGGGCAGGCCGCCUGGCGCGCGGCGGUGCGCCUGGGCGCCGGCUCCAAGUUCCCCAUGGCCGCGCUGCAGCUGCUGGGCCGGCCGCUGCUCCUGCACCGCCGCCUGCCCUGCGUCGUGGUGUGGACCCUCAUGGCCCUCCAGUGCAACUUGGACUUCUGCCGGGUGCGCGGCUGGACAGAGCCCAGCGGGGGCGCCAUCCACGACGUGCACGCCGCGCUCACGCGCGUGGCAAACACCGGGCUGGGCGAGUGGGGCGGCCACACCCCGGCCCAGCCCGCGCAGGCCUGCGCCGUGAUCUCCAACUGGGUCCUCCUGGUCGCGGGAGUUGUCGUCCCCAACGCCUUCCUCUACAUCAUGGAGGUGCGCCAACGCACGAGAUUUCUGGAGGAGCGGGGCCUGGGCCCGCCCCGGCUCAAGCUGUCGCGCUCGCUGGAGGAGAACUUCCUGCUCCUGCCCUCGGUCAUCGGGGGGAUGUGGCUGCUGGCCAACGUCGCCGCGGCGGCGCCCUACAACAGGGUCAGCGCCUUGUGCGCCCGGUGGAAUGCGGUGCUCAUGCGCACCCCCGUGCUGGAGUUCGUGUGGUGA